UGGGUGGAGGCUCAGCUGGAUGUGUGGUGGCAAGUCGUCUCUCAGAAGACAAAGAUGUGUCUGUCUUGCUGUUGGAAGCCGGAGAAUUCGACGAUGAGAACCCACAUAUUAUCGUUCCUGGACUAGGUGGCCUCAAUUUUAAAAGUAACAUAGACUGGUCGUACGAGACAGAACCUCAAGAUGGAGUCUUGACCGGUCUACAUGGAAAGCGUUCCUACUGGCCAAGAGGUAAAGUUCUCGGAGGUUCCAGCAGCAUCAAUGUCAUGCAGUACGUGAGAGCAUCUAGGCAUGAUUACGAUCGCUGGGCUGAGUACACCAAAGACGAGCGGUGGAGCUAUCAGCACGUCCUACCUUACUUCAAGAAGUCAGAAGACAUCAGAAUCCCUGAGCUCCAGAACUCACCUUACCACGGACAUGGGGGACCACUGCCAAUCAGCCACAGCAAGACGGUGGCACUGGGUGACACACUGAUCAAAGCUGGCCAGGCAGUGGGGAUUCCCUUCAACGAGGACUACAACGGAAGAACAAUGGAAGGAAUCGGUUAUUCACAAUUAAACAUCCUGAAUGGUGAACGCAUGGCCACAAGUCGGGCAUUUAUCCACCCAGUUCUCCAUAGACCCAACCUGGAUGUGGCAGUGAAAGCACACGUCACCAAGAUUAUCAUCGAGAACAAGAAAGCCGAAGGUGUUGUAGUGAUCAAAGAUGGAAAGAAAUAUAUCGUCAAUGCCAGGAGAGAGAUCAUCCUGUCAGCUGGAGCCAUCGGUUCCCCUCAAAUACUCAUGUUAUCUGGUGUUGGUCCCAGGAAACAUCUCGACAGUUUAUCGAUCCCUGUGGUGGCAGAUCUUCCAGUUGGACAAAAUCUUCAGGACCACUUAUUCUUCGAUAUGGGUGUCAGAAUAAAAGAGCCAUUAUCUACUUUAUUGUCGGGUCUUGUUACUUGGCGGUCGAUACUGCAGUACAGGCUGUUCGGUACAGGUCCCCUAAGCUCGCCGUUUAGUUUAGAAGUGUUGGCUUUUAAAAGCACAACAAAGGAAACCAGAAUGAAGGACUGGCCAGACUUGGAGAUACACUUCGUUUCUGUUAUGCCCAGUAUGCAAAUGAUGAAUCUCUUAAGCUACUCAGAAGAGACCAAGGCUGACUUAGCUGACAGAGAGCGGGGAGACUACGGCUUUAUUUGUCUGCCUUCUCUCCUAAGACCAGAAAGCAUAGGAACCAUCACUUUAAAGUCUACAGAUCCUUUUGACUACCCUAUCAUCCAGGCUAAUUAUCUCCACAAGCAGGAGGAUAGAGAAGUCUUGAUACGAGGUGUUCAAGAAUGUAAGAAACUUGUGAACUCUAAACCUAUGCAGGAUAUUGGGGCUGAGUUCACGGAGAACGGGACAGAAUCGGCCUGUAAACAACACAAGUACGACUCCCACGAAUACUGGGAAUGUUUGAUCAAACACAGACCCCUCACCAUCUAUCACCCAGUUGGGACAUGUAAGAUGGGUCCACAGGGAGACCCAACUGCUGUGGUAGACUCACAGUUAAGAGUACAAGGAAUCUCCGGACUUCGAGUGGUAGAUGCUUCCAUCAUGCCACGGAUCGUCUCCGGUAACACCAAUGCUGCCGCUAUUAUGAUUGGCGAAAGGGCUGCAGACUUGAUCAGGGGAGACAAGUUGCCACCAUUAGAUUUCUAA